AUGGAUUCUGAGUUCCCCAACAAAGCACUAACAAGCACCCGCUUCUCCGAGCUCAAACCUCCACUUUCCGAUCCCGUACUCCAAGCCCUCACAGACUCCGCCUUCGAUUUCUGCACCCCCGUUCAAGCCGCCACCAUUCCCUUACUCUGCAGCUUCAAAGACGUCGCCGUCGACGCCGCCACCGGUUCAGGCAAAACCCUAGCUUUCGUCAUUCCACUUGUCGAGAUUCUCCGUCGCUCAUCUUCCAAUCCCAAACCUCACCAGGUAUUGGGGAUAAUUAUAUCUCCUACAAGGGAACUAGCAUCCCAAAUAUAUCAUGUUGCACAACCUUUUAUUUCAACCUUACCCAAUGUUAAGUCAAUGCUACUCGUCGGCGGAGUCGAAGUAAAAACAGACAUGCGUAUAAUUGAGGAAGAAGGUGCAAAUGUAUUGAUUGGCACGCCGGGUCGAUUACACGACAUUAUGAAUAGGAUGGAUAUUAUGAAUUUCAAAAGUUUUGAGAUUUUGAUUUUGGAUGAGGCGGAUAGACUCUUAGAUAUGGGAUUCCAGAAGCAGAUAAAUGCUAUCAUAACUCAGUUACCUAAGCUUCGAAGGACUGGCUUAUUCUCUGCUACUCAAACUCAGGCUGUGGAAGAGCUUGCCAAAGCAGGAUUGAGGAAUCCUGUGAGGGUCGAAGUUCGAGCGGAAACAAAAACAGCAAAUGGUGCUGCAGCAUCAACGCAACUAGAAUCUUCAAAGACACCUUCAGGUCUUCACAUCGAGUACUUGGAAUGUGAGGCUGAUAAGAAGCCGUCGCAGCUAGUAGAUUUCCUUAUUAAGAACCGCUCAAAAAAAAUUAUGAUAUAUUUCAUGACUUGUGCUUGUGUUGACUAUUGGGGAGUUGUUCUUCCUCGCCUUUCUGUUUUGAAAGGCUUCUCCUUGAUUUCCCUUCAUGGAAAGAUGAAGCAGACUGUGAGGCAGAAGGCACUAGCUUCAUUUACAUCCCUCUCAAAUGGAAUUCUUCUGUGUACGGAUGUUGCAGCACGUGGACUUGACAUACCUGGCGUAGACUGUAUAGUGCAGUAUGAUCCUCCUCAAGACCCAAAUGUUUUCGUUCAUAGGGCUGGUCGAACUGCUCGGCUGGGUAAGCAAGGACAUGCUGUUAUCUUCUUACUACCAAAGGAGGAAUCUUAUGUAGAAUUCUUGCGUAUAAGAAGAGUUCCACUUCAAGAAAGAGCAUGCUCUGACAAUGUACCUGAUGUUAUUCCUGAGAUUCGUUCUGCGGCAACAAAAGAUCGCGAUGUCAUGGAGAAGGGAGUCAGGGCAUUUGUUUCUUACAUUCGUGCUUAUAAAGAGCAUCAUUGCUCUUAUAUUUUCAGGUGGAAAGAACUUGAAAUUGGCAAGUUAGCCACGGGACAUGGCUUAUUGCAACUUCCUUUAGUGCCGGAGGUAAAACGCCACUCACUAUCUACCGAGGGAUUUGAACCUGUUAAAGAUAUCAAUUUCGAGGACAUUAAGUUCAGGGAUAAAUCAAGGGAGAAACAAAGGAAGAAAAAUCUGCAAACAAAGAAAGAAGCCAAAGAGAAAGAGCCAAAGCCUAAAAAGCUAAAGAAAACUCCCAAUGUACCCGAUGUCAUGAGGAAGAAAACAGCCAAACAGAGACGUGCCCAGCAGACUGUUGCAGAUGAGGAAGAGUUGACACAAGAAUACCGCUUGUUGAAGAAAUUGAAGAAAGGAGUCAUCGAUGAGGAUGAAUAUGCCAAGUUGACAGGCACAGAAGACUUACUUUGA